CAAUAGAAUAAGAACCUUUUAUCUUCUUUCUCCAUAUCACAAAAAUUGAUUAAGCAGUGAGCUCUCUAAAAGAGGACCGAAAAUGAAGUUACCAGAUUGGAUGCAGCACAAGUUCCGGCAGACAAACAAUGAACACCUAACAGAAUUUGCUCCAAGGAACUCUUGUGCAUGUCUUAUGGGGAAACCAUCACUAGACGACCUACAAUACUAUCCUAAAUCGCACUAUCAUGCCAAGGCUCCAAGCAACACACACAUAGAUAACCAGUUUCGUAAAUCAUUUGCAUGCAUGGAGACUGCAAGAGCAGAUGAUGAGCGUAUGGAAGAAGAAUCGGGUGCUGCUGUUUCUGAACUCUUCCAUGGAUUCCUGGCAAUAGGGACUCUAGCUACGGAAACAAUCACAACUGAACCAGCAACACCAACAUUUGCCACCGCUGUUGAGAACAUCAUGGGGAAAGAAACUGAAGCAACAGAGAAUGAACUGAAGCUCAUCAAUGAUGAGUUAGAGAAGGUGCUAGGACCUGAAGGAAAGGAAGAUCGCUCUAAUGACUCUUCUGGGAGAAACAGCUGUGUUAAUGUUGGAAGAAGCAGUCCUGGAGGUACGAUUACACUUGGUGGCAGACCUUUAGAAAACAACGAAAAUGGAGCAGCCGUUUGUCCACUCCAGGGCUAUCUCUUUGGUUCAGUAAUUGGAUUGCCAGAAACAGCUACGGCAAAGAAGGAACAUAGAACAUCACUUGGAGAGUUGUUUCAGAGAACUAAAAUGGUGGAAGAAGUUACUGGACCUAAAAGUAACAUAGGAGAAAAGCAAAAACAGAAAGAAACUGACAAAUCUGCUGUCCAUCUGAUGAAAAAGAUACUGAAAGGAAGAAAACUUUAUUCUUCCUCUUGGCGCUCCACAGCAUCGUCUGGAGGAACCCUUGAUUCUGCUUCAGCUGACAAAAAACCACGCAAGAUCCUACAAAUGUUCCACAGGAAAGUUCACCCUGAAGGUCUGGUUGUUGCACCCAAGUCUGAAAAUCACUCGAAACAUGUUACAGUGGGCAACUUCACCAAUGCGGAAUAUAAAUAUAGAAACCAAAUGUUGUCUGAAGAUAUCACAGUAUUUCCUCUUGUGGAUGCUUCUAAAAGAAGUGCAAACUGCACUAAGAGCAACAUUCCCCACUCUGCAUAUUGUAUGAGUGAAUCAGAUGGGAGCAGAGAAUGCUGGAUCAAAUCAGAUGCAGAUUACCUGGUGCUGGAACUGUAGAAGAAGAAGUGGAGUGCAAUGUAGAGCUUGGUGGAAUUGGGCUGGAAGAAGUAUGUUAUGCAACUGUGAUUGUAUGAUUUCUCCUAUUGGUAAGUAAUGAUGAAUAUUUUUAAGUAUUGUGUCGGAAGCUUGUGAAGUUGAAGAGAAUAAAGAGGCACCUUGUUACCCAAUGCAUGAGUCAUGCAUAAAACUUAACCUGUAUGCCUUGUGACAUUUCUGUAGUAAUGAUUAAUAUACUUGCAUUUCGA